UGGAUCACAACCCCCCCCCCCCCCAGACAGGGAUCUGUCUCAGCACCUUGGACAGCGGGAUUGGAUUCACCCCGUCACCCAAAAAAUUUGCUUCAGCAGCAGACUGGCUCCUUUUAAGUUCCCAUCGUCUGCUAAUUGGAAGAAGCAGCUAACAAACGCCCCGGAAUACAAGUGCUGCACACCUAAAGGCUUCUCCAUGGCUGCAAGCCCAGUGGGCACUGUGCUGGGCUGGGGUAUGUUGCUGGCUUUGGCUUGAAGGAAAAAGGUUUUAAGGCUUAACCUGGAUCAGGUACAUUACAAGGUCACAGCACAAUUUUUACCUGUCUACCUUCCACCAAGGGAAGCUGGGGGAAAGUUAUUUGUCUCAUUUGGAUUUACUGCUCUAAGGAGGUCUGCGGACGCCUGAAACUGCUCUGUUUGCUUAAAUGUCAAUAAUGAUGUGUCCUCUAGACCAAGUUGGGGGCUAAAGGUGUUGUUAUGUGAACAGGCUACCAUGCUUAAGCUGUACUGUGCCUCCUUUCUUGCACUGGGGAUGGUACCACCAACCAAAUCUCCUUGCACCUGCCCUGUUUCCCCUCCAGUUCCCUCCAGAUGUCGGUUUUAAUGGAGCAUACCCUUUGGAUUACCUAGAGUGAAAAAUCAAGGCUACCGUUCUAGAAUGCCAGUGCUGGGUAAUGGCAAAGGGCAGAGAAGUAACCAGGAAACAAUUUGCAAGACUCUGAGAUCCUCCCUUAGGCACCCCAUAAUAAAUUUAUCUCCAGGUAAAAGGUCCAACUGCAACCGUCUUGACUCUAAAGAGAGCAGAUUCCUUGCAUCUCCAUGCUAUGCUGUUACCUAUCAGAGAUUUGGACAAACUAAUGUAUCCAGAUGACCAGGUGAACACCAAAGAGAUGGUUUCCUAAGCAAGGCUUUUUAACCUGAUCUACAAUGGAAAAACUGUUUGGUUAUCUGUUGUUCAUUGGCAUGGCGGUGAGAGCUGAGAUCUGUCCCAAGCGCUGUGCCUGUCAAAAUCUAUCUCCAAACCUUGCAACAUUGUGUGACAAGAAAGGUUUACUCUUCGUCCCACCAAACAUCAACAGAAAGACUGUAGAGCUACGCCUAGCUGAUAAUUUUGUAACAAAUAUAAAACGGAAGGAUUUUGCUAACAUGACAAGCCUGGUGGACCUAACGCUGUCAAGGAAUACAAUCAGUUACAUCACCCCCCAUUCGUUUGCUGACUUGCGCAAUUUAAGGGCGUUGCAUUUGAACAGCAACCGAUUGACUAAAGUCACCAAUGACAUCUUUAGUGGGCUUUCCAAUCUCCAUCAUUUGAUACUCAAUAACAACCAACUGACAUUGAUUUCACCAACAGCCUUCGAUGAUGUUUUGGCUUUGGAGGAGCUUGACCUGUCCUACAAUAACCUUGAAACUGUUCCAUGGGAAGCAGUGGAAAAAAUGAUUAGUUUGCACACUUUUAGUCUAGAUCACAACAUGAUUGAACAUAUCCCUAAGGGAACAUUCUCACACUUACACAAGCUGAACAGAUUAGAUGUAACAUCAAAUAAACUUCAAAAAUUACCACCAGACCCUCUCUUUCAGAGAGCUCAGGUGCUAGCAACCUCAGGUAUGAUGAGUCCUUCCGCAUUUGCUCUGAGUUUUGGUGGAAAUCCAUUACAUUGCAAUUGUGAAUUAUUAUGGCUGAGGCGCCUUAUGCGAGAGGAUGACUUGGAGACAUGUGCUUCUCCACCUCUCCUAUCUGGACGGUAUUUUUGGUCCAUUACUGAAGAAGAUUUUUUGUGUGAGCCACCACUUAUCACCAGAUACACGCCAGAUGUAGAAGUUUUAGAAGGACAAAGAGCUGUUUUAAAAUGCAAAGCCCUUGGAGACCCCGAGCCGGCAGUCCACUGGAUAUCCCCAGAAGGAAAGCUAAUAUCCAAUGGGACACGGAUUUUCGUCUAUGAUAAUGGAACACUGGACAUCCUGAUAACAACAGUCAAAGAUGGCGGGCCUUUUGCAUGUAUUGCUUCUAACCCAGCCGGGGAGACAACAAAAACAAUCAGUCUCCAUAUAAUUAAACUCCCGCACCUAGUGAACAGUACAAAUCAAAUCCAUGAGCCAGACCCUGGAUCAUCUGACAUUUCCACCUCCACAAAGUCGGGGUCUAACGCCAGCAGUAGCAAUGGGGAUACAAAAAUAAGCCAAGAUAAAAAGGUGGUGGUAGCCGAGUCGACAUCCUCCACUGCACUUAUUAAAUUCAAUUUUCAAAGGAAUAUACCUGGAAUACGGAUGUUUCAGAUACAGUACAAUGGCACGUAUGAUGACUCGCUUGUUUACAGAAUGAUUCCUCCGACUAGCAAGACAUUCCGCGUGAACAACUUGGCCGCGGGGACUGUCUACGACCUCUGCGUCCUGGCCAUCUACGAUGACGGGAUCACAUCUCUCACGGCUACGCGGGUCAUCGGUUGCAUCCAGUUCACCACGGAGCAAGACUACGUCCGUUGUCACUUUAUGCAGUCCCAGUUCUUGGGAGGUACCAUGAUAAUUAUCAUAGGUGGGAUUAUUGUUGCGUCUGUGCUGGUUUUCAUCAUCAUCCUGAUGAUUAGGUAUAGGGUUUGUAACGGCAACGGGCAGAGCAAGGCGACAAAAGUCAGCAACGUGUAUUCGCAAACCAACGGGUCCCAGAACCAAGGCUGCAGUGCAUCACUGCCACCGUCUGCUUCCAAGCAGAUCGUUGAGCACGAGGAGAGCGCGCAGUGUUGCAAGUCCACCGACAGCGCCGCGCCUUCUUCGGACACUUGCUCGAGCCAAGGCGCCGCCCCCACUACCUCUGCUUUGCCUCACGCGUGGACUUCUAAUACCUCUUCUCUGAAGAAGAAAAAGACCGCAUCAAAAGCCGCGGACUCGCAAACGGACACCGUUUUAAAUAUGGAAUCCCAAAACACGAAUAGAAAUAAUUCGACUGCCCUUCGGUUAGCUAGCCGCCCCGCCGUGUCUGUUAAAGAAGCGCCGACCUACAAAAGAGCACAAUCAAAACCGAGUAAGUUUCUUACCUUACCUGCAGACACUUCUAGAGUAAAGCGGAGGUACUCUUUAAACGGAGAGAUAAUGGAGUACCAUUGCUAUGUGAACUCCUUCCACACCGGCGGACUGUGGUCUAAAAGAAGCAUGUCUAUGAACGGGAUCUUGGGUCACUCAGACAGUUCUGACAUGGACAGCGGGAAAGCAACAUGUUCAAGUUCCGAAUGGAUAUUGGAAAGCACUGUGUGAUUAUCUCCUAUUUUGGCAUACAACUAUAAAGUGAAAAUACUCCAAAUAUUUGGAACGCCAUUCUAAAAAAAAAAUACAAAAAUACAAAAUAAAACAUUGAAAUUCCUAUCGAUGUUUUCAUUUAGGCUUCUACAAACAGGGUUGUGUGAAAGCCACCUGCACAAAUAAGUUUGGGUUCCAACGGUGAUACAUUUGCAAAAAUUACAAAGAUACAUUUGCAAAAUUGUGGAAUGAAAAACAAAAUCAGCACCAGUGCCUUCCCUUCCUGUAGGACUGGUUUCCUGGUUCUGCCACAGCAGAAAAAAACAAAAAAACAAAAAAAAAUGAGACUGAAUUCACUCUAAAGGCCUUUCAUAUGGGAAAAUCCUUCAAGCUUUCAACAUACAAAACAAAAAGUUUAGAAAAAA